AUGUCAUCUUCUAGAGGCGCAUUAAUGAAGUGGAAGGAAUACGAAGGUGAAGCAUGGGAACUCGAUAUGAUCAGUGCUUAUUUCAGCAUUAUUACUAAGAACACUUUCCUUGUUCCAACUAAACGUGGUACUUUCAAAACUAUUGAUGAUUUCAGCGAACACUUGGAGUUUGGUAUCUAUCGUUGUUUGAUAUCGGGCUUCCAACCAGAUUCUUGUUGGUUUACUCGUUGGAAUGAAGAACUUGACUGGUACACUUCUAUUGACAUCAAAGCAUUCAGAGAACUUGGUCUAACAAUUGAAUUGAUUCACGAUGGCAAGCCGAAUUUCCUUCAUUAUGAUGGACAAAGUCGUGUAAAAGGAGACAAAGUAUUUGGUUCAUUCAAAGACGAGCUGUUUGGAUUCAAGCAACAAAAUUUACCUGAUGCCAAACUAAUGAUCAAUGGUUUCAUUGGCGCACUCAGUAUGGUUGAUACAGUUACCAAGACAGUGCAUGAAGAAAGCAAGAAGAUACAGUAUUUGAAAGAAACGGAAGAGAUUCAUGAUGUCGAAGAUUUUACUGUCGAUGCUAAGAACGGAUUGGUUGUCAAAUACAAUGUUGUUGACACAAACAGCUACUUUGAAACACCAUUUGCUCGUGUUAAACCAUUCAUUUACUCACAGAUUCGCCUUGUUAUGAUGAGAUUAAUUCGCCCACAUCUUGAUAAAGUUGUUCGUAUCCAUACCGAUGGUAUUAUUCUGUCUGAAAAGAUCGAAGUCGCGACUGGCAAUGAACUUGGUGAUUUCAAGUACAAACUCUAUUGUCCACAUGCAGUGAUCAAAGGAAUGAACAAUAUUACUCCACGCAAAGUUGAGUGGGAAGAAUUGGAAUAA